AUGGGUGUGCAACACUACUGGCUGCUGCUGCUGUUGGUCGACUGCCGGGAACAGAUUACAGGGGCUGUAAGCAGCAUCAGUCCAUAUAUACAGCACUAUGAGGGCUUGUCCUACAACAGGAAGGAUCUACACAAGGAGCACCUGAGAAGCAGGAGAGCCACACAACACCAGGAAUACACACUGAAACUGGACUUUACUGCUUUUCACAGAACUUUUCGCCUGCGUUUGAAACGCAAUGCAGCAGUGUUCUCUGAAAAUUUCCAACUGGUCCUCAAAAAUGGUUCCACAUCAGCUGACCUCUCACAUUUAUACUCAGGAACACUAGAGGGUGAACAUGGCUCAGCCUGCCAUGGCUCUGUGUCACAGGGUCUGUUUGAGGGAACCAUCCACACAGAUAAUGGGACUUAUCAUGUGGAGCCGGUGGAUAGAUACAACAGCAACCAAACAGAUCACCACUCUAUCAUCUACCAUGAGGAUGACAUGAGUCUACCAUCCAUGAAAAGUAGGCCUGGUGAAUUCUGUGGUUCAGAUCAUUUAAACCGCCUCGCCCAAAGCCUCGGACUCGGUGAGGAGGCGGCAGUGAGCCGACCAAGGAGAACAGUAGAUGAGUCUAAGACCUCCUGCCUGCUCCACUUUCAUGCUGACUACCGCUACUACAAGAAGUUCAAGUCAAUUGCAGCUGUGGUGGCUCAGAUUGCCACCUACAUGCGGGCUGUGAACGACAUCUUUGACAAGGUGGACUUUGAUGGGAUCAAGCUGAUCAACUUUCAAGUGAAAUCCCUCAAAGUGAUGACGGAGGAGGACAAAAAGGAUCCUCUAUAUCCUCUGUACAUUGGUCCUGAAAAACUGUUGAGUCUGUUCUCUGAGAACAACUGGGAGGACUUCUGUCUGUCCUACCUGCUCACUAACAGAGACUACAGCGGGACACUCGGGCUCGCCUGGCGGGGAAAGCCUGGUAAUGCGGGAGGAAUUUGUUCCAAGGAGACCAGAGUGCGUAACUGGAAGAGGUCUACAUUGAACACAGGCCUGGUCACUAUUCAGAACUACGGACAGUUCCUGCCUCCUCGCCAAGUCCAGCUGACCAUCGCUCAUGAGCUCGGCCACAGCCUUGGAGCUGAUCAUGACCAGGGCUCAAACUGUGGAAACCUCGGCUCCUCCAGGGGUAAAGGCAGGUACCUGAUGUACCCCGAAGCUACGAGCGAGGUGCGUGAAAACAAUGAUAAAUUUUCGCCCUGCAGCAUCAGAUUUAUCAGUGAGAUCCUGACGCUGAAGAAGGACGACUGCUUUGUGGUCAGUGAUCGACCUAUCUGUGGAAACCAGAUUGUGGAGGAAGGGGAGGAGUGUGAUGUAGGCCACAAUGACACAGACCUCUGCUGCUUCAGUGCUAUACAGCCUGUAGGGGUCCAAUGUCAACUUAAACCUGAAAAAGCCUGCAGUCCCACUCAAGGCCUGUGCUGCUCUCAGAGCUGUGAGUUCGAGUCACCAGAUGACGUCUGUGACGAGAAGACAGACUGUCAGGAAGCAAGUUUUUGUACAGGCCUCUCUGCGCUCUGCCCUGAGCCAAGCAACAAGGAAAACCUGACACUCUGCAGUAACGACACACGUGUCUGUCUGAAUGGGGUGUGUGCUGAGUCCGUGUGUGUGAGGCACAACAUGCAGCAGUGUGACUGUCCGGGAGAAAUGAAAGAGAAAUGCCACUUGUGCUGCCAGCAGCCCGAUAAGCCUGAGACGUGUGCCAGCACCUCCUCGUCCGUGCUGUCCCCUUACUUCCACAAAAAGACGUUACCCUUGGUUGGCGGGGCUCCUUGUGCGGGGAACCAAGGAUACUGUGACAAAUUCCAAGUGUGUCGUCUGCUGGAUUCAGAUGGUCCCAUAGCAAGACUGAAAAACUCCUUCCUACAUUUGGAUGACUUUGAUGACUUAGCAGAGUGGAUGAAGGCUCAUUGGUGGGCCAUCCUGCUGGCUAUCCUGACUUUAUCAGGAGUCAUGGGUUGCACUGUCUGCCUCUGCGGCCGCACACUGGUUACAGAUGACCUGGAAUGACCUCUGACUUUUGAUCCCUCUUGGAAUACGAAAAAUAUAUUGAUGAGGCACACAUUUUUCAGGACUAACAUUUUGAAAUGUCCGAGUGUGGAGGUAACGAGAAAGAAGAUCCUCCAAGUGAACUUUGCUCCACAUAAACCAACGUGUCAUCUGCACACGACUUUAUUGAGAUACUCACACUUGCUCUGUGCCUGUCACUCUGUUCGUUAUACAUCAUCCUGCGUUAGUCAUGUAUAUUCUUUGUAGCACUUGUCGAAGAGGGUCCAAGAGCAGAGGGUCUGCUUUGAUGUACGUAUGUGCUAAUUGUCACUGUUGUUGCCAAUUGUGGGUCGGUUGACCCCUCUUUAGAAGCCAAACAGUGUCGUGAUUGAAAGCCAUCCAACUUUGGAAAAGACUGAUGGAACUCCCUUCAGUGCCCCUGCUGAUGUAUUUUCAGCUGUGUGCUAAUUCCAGCCUUGAUGUCCAUCCAGCUUUCCAUCUUAGUGACACAGUGUCAACUACAAUACCGUGGCAGGACAGUGAGAUGAGAAGUUGAGUUUAGUGAUUCUCUCUUGACAUUUGGCCUGGUUAACCAAAAUGUAUGUUUACAUUGGAGAAAGAUGCUGAUCUCUGUUAUUCAAUAAAGGGAAAAUCACCAA